ACCAAUGUUCACAGCUGUGCACCUACCAAGUGAUAACACCAUAGAUGCCACAUUGUUGAUUAUCAUUGUAGUAGCAGCUGUGAUAGUAUCUAUAGCUAUUGUGGUUUCUAUAACACUGUGUAUUGUGAGAUGUAACAAUGUGAGAAAUAGCUCAUCUGAAAGAACAGCAGAAGAGAAACAGGCAUACCAAUGUCGCAAUGAGAUGAGACAGUUGAUCUAUCAAGGUAACAACAGUGUACCUGUGAUGUCAGGUAAUCGAGGAGAGACAUCAGACAGAUAUGGUCAUUCGAGGAGCCAUUACUAUCCAGAAGAUUGGAAGACAUCGACAAUGAACAGAAGUCUUCAGAAGUCUACAAAGCAGAAAUACAGUCAACCCAUUGAGGUGACAUCUUAUGGAGACAACAGACCAUCUUCUAACUAUCCCACUGACACAUUGACCAGUCGUAAGAGUAGUGGACAGUGCUGGAGUGAGCGGUCAAGUAGACAGUAUGAAGAAAUACCAGCAAUGUCAGGAAUCUAUGGUGGUGCCCCACCUGAUGUAUCAAGCACCAUUGAGAGAGACCAUUACCAAGACAGAUAUGUGAAACCUCCAGAGAGACAGUUACCUUCAACACCAGAUGUUGUUGUCAGUUAAGUGAGACUGAGAAGUUGACACAACAGAAAUAAUAUCACCCUUCAACAUUCACACAACAUUUAAAACAACAGAAAUAUAUUAGUUAAUUAAUAAAAUUACCUCCAUAUGACUGAAUAUCUUUGUAUGUGUUUGAAAGACUAUUCAUUUUAUAUAUGCUUUGGAAAAGUUUGCACAAAUGUAAAGCAAAGGAGGAGCUUUAGACAUGAAUUAUAAAAUCUUGCAGUUAGAUAAGGCAAAGUUACGGGAAGAUAAGAAAUUAUAGUCAGAGAUUUUUCUUGGUGCAAUACAAUUUAAUACUGAAAAUGUAAAUUGAAUUUUACUUUACAUACAUAAUUAGAAAAUAAAUAAAUAAAUUGUUAAGAUUUGAGAAAAUAUAUUUCACAGGGUUUCAAUAUCACCUUUAAAUUUCCCAUUUAUAUAUCCUGAUAGAGUUAGUUUAGAAUUAGGUCAAACACACACUAUUAUUGUCAAUAUUGUAUUUGCAUUUUGAAUUACACACACACAUUAACAACGUCAACCAUAUUUUGUUAAUAUAACCUCUCUGUUCUAAGUAUUUCUAUGUCAGUCUCCCUCCACAUCAGACAUGUUGGUGUUAUAUAGACUUAUCAUGGCUGACUGUUAGUGGAGCUGUGUUCUCUCUCUUUCUGUCUUUUCUGUGAGGUGAAACUUAACAUCUAAUCUGAGUGAGGCUGGAGUAAGCAUCACUCAUCUCUCACUUAUGCACAUACACACUAAAUAUCACCCUUCCACAAAGGAAGACUGAGAGGAACUGCUGGUUCCCCACUGACUCACCACCAACACUAUUCCAUCAACAUGAAGCCAUUGUCACACCAUAGCAGCAGUGACACAGACAACCAUUAACAACAGAACAUUGGGACCAAGUCACAGUUUAUACAACAAAGGAUUUUACACAAUGAAGAUUGAAUAUUUUAAGUAAUUUUUCCCUUGGACACUGUGCAAACGUCAACAACAGAAAUGUUGCUAUUUCUAGUUGUGUUACUGACUUUUUCUCAUUGUUAUUCAAGUGAAGAUAUCACAUACCAUGUUAAAGAAGAGAAUAGUCCCUAUACUUAUGUAGGGGACAUUGCUACUGACUUACAGAAAUCAGAUAGCUCCUUUUUAAAGAACAAGGAUUUAAUUACAUUUAGUCAACUCCAACAAAAGGGAGAACAGUUGUUCAAUGUGACGAAAACAGGGAAACUGUACACUGUUCAGACAUUGGAUGCUGAGUCUGUGUGUAGUUAUGAGAAAGAAUGUUUUGAAAUCGUUAAAGUUGCUGUUCACAAAUCCAAGACAUUUAUGAAGAUCUUAAAGAUUAAAGUCAUAAUAGAAGACAUAAAUGAUCACCAACCUGAGUUUCCUGAGAAAGAAAUUAAUAUACAAUUUGAAGAAGAAUAUGGGAAAGGAAAAAAAAAUCCUGUACCUAAUGCUAUUGACAAAGAUAUAGGUUAUCAAAACAGUUUAAUUAAAUAUGAGUUACAUGGUGAUAAAGCACUAUUUUCAUUAUCUGUCUCUAAACAAGCUGAUGGAUUAUCAACCUUAAGAAUCAUUUUAGAAGAUAAAUUAGACAGAGAAAAAAAAGACGACUACAAUAUCGAAGUCAUUGCUAAAGAUGGGGGAACUCCACCAAAGGAGUCUGUUUUAAAUGUUAAAAUAUCUGUAAAAGAUGAAAAUGAUAAUGCACCACAAUUUUCUCAAAGUAUCUACAACGUCUCAAUUGAACAUAAACACAAAAAGAAUAUUCCAGUAGUCACAUUAUCUGCCA